UGCCUGGGUCCCUCUGUGUGGGUGGAGGCAGAGGCUUGCGUCCGGGGACGUCAGCCGCCUUAACUUCCUCUCUUAGCCACACAGGAAGUGCAGCCUUCUAGGGGCCCAGCCCCAGCUGAGCAAGGGCCCCUGGGACCCCCGGGGAAGAGGGCUCCAGCUGGCCAGGCCUGCCAGGGACCAUGGAAUCCAGAGCUGAAGGGGACCCCCCAGCCAUGUUUGACUGGUUCUUUGAAGCAGCCUGCCCCAGCUCCCUGCAGGAGGACCCCCCCAUCCUGCGACAGUUCCCCCCGGACUUCAGGGACCAGGACGCUCUGAAGAUGGUUCCAAAAUUCUGCUUCCCCUUUGACAUGGAAAGGGAGCCCCCCAGUCCUGCCGUUCAGCAUUUCACCUUUGCCCUCACGGACCUGAUGGGUACCCGGAGAUUCGGCUUCUGCCGCCUGAAGGCGGGGGCCCAGAGCUGUCUCUGCAUCCUCAGCCACCUGCCUUGGUUUGAGGUCUUCUACAAGCUGCUGAACACAGUGGGGGACCUCCUGGCCCAGGAGCAAGUCCCCGAGGUGGAAGAACUUCUUCUAAAGUUGUUGCAACAGCCUUGCCCUGACCCCCAGGUCUCAGUGGGGCUGGAGCUGGGCGCUGCUGUCACUAUUUCCGGCGUGCAAGGCAUCCCCCCACCUUCCCCUGGGAACAGCAAUACGCUUUCCUGCUUCGUGGCUCCGGAUUCCAGCCGUCUCCCCUCUAUUCCUGAGAAUAGGAACCUCACGGAGCUGGUGGUGGCAGUGACAGGUGACAACAUCCUGGGACUAUUUGCCGCACUCCUGGCCGAGCGGAGAGUCCUGUUGACAGCCAGCAAGCUGAGCACGCUGACCUCCUGCGUCCACGCCUCCUGCGCCCUCUUGCACCCCAUGUGCUGGGAGCACGUGCUAAUCCCUACCUUACCGCCCCACCUGCUGGAUUACUGCUGCGCACCCAUGCCCUACCUCAUCGGAGUGCACGCCAGCCUGGCCGAGAGAGUGCGCGAGAAAGCCCUGGAGGACGUGGUGGUGCUGAAUGUGGACUCCAAUACCCUGGAGACCCCCUUCGACGACGUGCAGGCUCUGCCCCCUGAAGUGGUGUCCCUGCUGAGGCUGCGGCUCAGGAAGGCGGCCCUGGCCCCCGGGGAAGGGGUGUCCCGGCUGUUCCUCAAGGCCCAGGCCCUGCUGUUCGGGGGCUACCGCGAAGCCCUGGUCUGCAGCCCGGGCCAGCCUGUGAUCUUCAGCGAAGAAGCCUUCCUGGCCCAGAAGCCCGGGACGCCCCUUCAGGCCUUCCACCAGCGCGCCGUACACCUACAGCUAUUCAAGCAGUUUAUUGAAGGCCGGCUGGAGAGACUGAACUCCGGGGAGGGCUUCUCAGAUCUCUUCGAACAAGAGAUUACCUGCAGUGGGGCUUCCACAGGAACCAUGCGGUCUUAUCAGCUCUGGGCAGACAGCCUCAAGAAAGGAGGGGGAGCUCUCCUACAUUCGGUCAAGGCCAAGACCCAACCAGCCGUGAAGAACAUGUACCGAACGGCCAAGAGUGGGCUGAAAGGCGUGCAAAGCCUUCUGCUGUACAAGGAUAUGGGGUCCUGCAUGCAAAGAGGGGGUUCCCUGAGGGUCGCCAGCCCCACCAGUCGCUCGGAACGCCUGCAGCAAAGACUUCCUGUGUCUCAGCAUUUCGGGCAGAACCGGCCUCUUCGUCCAAGCAGGAGAUUUGGGCUGGAUGAGGGAUUUCCUGAGGCCCCCAGGCAGGGGACAGCCCCUCCCGUGGGCCCUGAGGGUGCCCUCGACCCGUGGGCAGAGGAACCGCUGGAUGGAAGCUUUUUAGGCUUCAUGGAACUGGAUUUGCUGAGUGAGGUCCUGGACUGUCUGAACACGGGGACAGGAAAGGGGACCCUGCGGCCCAGCCAGAGCUUGGACUGCUGCCACCAAGAGGGGCUGGAGUAUUGCUCCAGCCUGGCUGACGUUCCAAGCAGCCCUCAGUGGACUCAAGAACAGCCGCCCGGAACCCAGUCCCUGCCGGCCAGCCUCAGCCCCGAAACCACACCCUCCCAGGAGCACCCCGCUUCCAGGUCACCCCCAGAAGCAGACCGAGGACCCGCCGGUCCGUCCCGGCCUCCUACAAGAUCUGCGGACCCGGAGUCAUUGAUCUUGGGACCUCAGGCCUUCACCCUGGACCUCUCGCCAUCCCACCCAGAGAGCCCUCCACCCCCAGGCCCUGCAGACCCCAAACUGGAUACCCCCAAAGCCCCCCGGCCUUUUGACUCUGGCUCUUUCUCAGAGGCCCCCGGUGUCCUGCCUUCUGGAACCCUCCUGGAAAAACACACUGACCCCCGGAAUUCAGUCCCCAGGGUCCCCCUUAAUGACAGGCAGGAGGAGUCCCGGGACAGGAGUCAGCCCAGAGUGGCCGAGCUUAAAAAGUGCUUUGAAGGUUAAAGAUGGAGGUAGCGGUGAGGGGAGGGAGAGCCUGAGGCUCCCACUCCAGCCCCACCCCCUCAGUCCCCCAGUAAAGCUAAAACCGACCCCCCCAAAAAAAAAUUUUUUCCUGGUGAGUUCAGCCGGUGACAACCUAUCUACUCAGAAACUCAGUGGAAUCAACCAACUACCCUACCAACAAAAUUUUCCAGGUGCCACUGAAAGGCCCUCUCCUUGGGGGGGUGGGGGGUGGGCGUGCACCUGGUUGAGCCCACAUGUUACAGGAACCGGGUUUGAGCCCCCCCAUCCCCCAGUCCCCAGUCCCCACCUGCAGGGGAAAAGC